UGUUCGUGACCCGGAAGUGUUUUUUUAGCGUUGCUCUUGUGCUCAUAAGACGCUGAUAGUUUUAUGUGAUAAACGAAAGUGUAACUCGUGUAUGUUUCCUAAAGCUUUGUUGUAGGCAAAAUAAUUGUGCCUGCUCUUAAUCAAAAAUGAGUGAUGACCCAGACUCUCCUCCCGAAAGGGAAAUGAAGGAUUUCCAGUUCCGGCAAAUGAAGAAAGCCCGGGUUUUUGAUUCACCUGGUGAGCUGCCAAAGUAUAGGUCAAGUCUGCUUGCCAUCUCGAAUAAGUUUGGUCUUACAUUUGUCGCUCUAGACAGAAAGAUCAAGGUGUACCAAACGCAAGACAUCCUAGCUGCAAACAAAGUUGAUGGGAACUCAAAUGAAAUAGUUGAGGGGAUACCAGCUUUAUCCGAUGUUCCUGUGGAGUUGCCUGUGUACCACCUGGGCCUCAGUAGUGAUGAGCUCACCCUGUCAGUCAGCAGCAUGUCAGAAGAAUCCGGCCUGUUGCUUGCCUUCUAUGAUGUCCGUACUUUCAUCAAUAAGAUGCAACCACAGAAGUUUCCCUUCGCGACUCUGCGACCUGGAGCUGGCCUGGGCAUAAUUGUGCAGGACCUGAAAUGGAACCCGGCGCUGGCAUCCAUACUGGCUGUCUGUCUGUCCGACGGCAGCAUGAUGGUGCUGGACGUCAUGGAGAACGUCACCGUGCAGGCUCGUCUACCCGCCACUGAGGGCAUCACCUGUGUGUGCUGGAGUCCCAAAGGAAAGCAAGUGGCAGCAGGAAAAAUGAAUGCAACAGUCAGUCAAUACACUCCAGGGCUUCAGGAGAAGAAAGUAAUCCCCUGCCCAAGCUUCUACAGCUCUGACAACCCAGUCAAAGUGCUGGAUGUGCAGUGGCUGAGUACGUUUGUGUUUGCUGUGGUGUAUGCAGCAGCCGAUGGCUGUCCGGAAACACCCCCUGAGCUGGUGGUGAUCUCCCUCCCUACAAAGAAUGAGAAGAGCGAGGAGAGGUACCUGAAUUUCAACGACCCUGUGUAUGGCACUUGCACAGAGAGACAGCACCAUUACUUCCUCAGCCACAUAGAGGACUGGGACAUUGUUCUUGCCGCAUCAGCAGCUUCCAUUGAAGUCAGUGUCAUCGCUAAACAAGAGGAUAAGACCAACUGGGAGCUGUGGCUGCUGGAGGAUGCCAGCAGGGGAGAGUUGCCUGUCUCUCAGAGUAAUGACGACACACUGCCUCUGGGCCUAGCCAUCGCCUACACCAGCCAGCAGGAGAUCCACAUCACUGAUGAGAAGACUUUACCCCCAGCGCCCACUCUGCUGUUGCUGUCUACGGAUGGAGUGCUGUGCCCGUUUUCACUGCUCAACCUCAACCCUGGGGUCAAGCAGCUGGUCGCAGCCCCCACCAGCCUGUCGUUGGAAGGAGAGAGACUGCCUCCUGCAGGUUCUGCAGCUCCUACUACCAGCCACGCCUCCCUCCCUUCCGUCCCUUCGAUUUCAACUACCUCAUCAGCUCCCCCUCCCCUUGUCUCCUCCCUGUUCACCUCCUCAGCCACUGCCCCAGGUCCAACCGCCUCGUCCGGCUUCUCCUUCUCCAUGCCGCCCUCCUCCACGACUUCUCCUGCUUUCUCCCUCAGAGGUUCCACUGCCUUUAGCGGGGCCACAUCCAACUUCCCUGGCUUCUCCUUCGCCUCCGUACCCCAGACGGAGUCUUCAACUGCAGCCUCCGCCUUCUCCUUCAAUUCCCCUAAGCCUCAGGUGGUGGAGACAGCUCUGACACCUGCCCCAACGCCCACCCCCCAACACCUGGCGACCACCCCGACACCCACCCCCCAACGCCUGGCUGCUACUUCCCCCACCGUGGCGCUACGAGGCACCCCAGAGCCAGCCACACCGGCUGUGAAGCUGAACCUAAAUGAGAGGUUUCUCUCCGUGGAGACUCCAGCCGCUGGCCCAGCCUCCCAGCCCUUCUCCUUCAUCCCUAAGACAUCCUUCUCUGAUCCCAGCAGCCAUCCCACCCCACUGCCCGUAGCUACCAAGCCAGCAGCCACACCACCUCCAGUCCAACCAGUCCAAAGCAAAGCUCCCAUCUCAUCAGUACCGAAACCUGCCCCAGCCAGUGUACCCUCUCCCCAGGCAGGGCUAAGUGUAAAGUCCCUGGAGAGACAGCUGCAGCAUAGGAAGGAAUCAGACCCGGUCAUGGCCGGAAUACUGGAGGAGAUUGCCCACUUCCAGAAAGAGCUAGAUGAUUUGAAGGCACGCAGUAACAAGGCUGACUUCAGAGUAGGCUCUGCAGAGGAGAUGAAGGAACUGAGGAUAGAGUCAGAGGACCUACACGUCUUCACCCUGGAGAUCAAAGAAACCACUGAGUCUCUUCAUGGGGACAUCAGCACUCUGAAGACAUCCAUGCUGGAGGGCUUUGCCGGGGCAGAGGACGCCAAGGCCCAGUGUGAACUGAACAGGGACAGGGCCUAUCGGCAGCUGCUGUACAAGAAGCCACUAGACCCACGCAGUGAAGACCAACUCAAGGAGAUCCGCAGGCUGUACCAGUACGUGAAGUUUGCUGUGGAGGAUGUGAACGAUGUGCUGGACGUGGAGUGGGAGAAGCAUUUGGAGAAAAAGAAAAAACAGAAACACAUGAUCGUUCCAGAGAGGGAGGCUUUGUUCACUGCUCUCGCCAACAACCUGGACAUAAUCAACCAGCAGAAACAGAGGCUGGACAAACUAGUGAAAGACCUUCACGCCCUGCGCCUCUACAACAAAACAGCAGCCUGGACCACUCCUCCCCCCUGCCAGCCUGCUGCUACCACCUUAGCGGAACAGGGCUUGGACAAUGAGCUGGAGAGUUUGAGGGAUGCACUUCUGAAAGCCAGUCUUGAGACCAUUCCCAAGAUGAACUCAAAAUCUCCAGCCAAGAUGUCUCCAGUGAAGCAGUCUCAACUGCGUAACUUUCUCUCCAAGAGGCAGACUCCUCCGGUCCGCUCCACUGCUCCAGCCAACCUGUCCCGCUCCGCCUUCCUCUCGCCACAAUACUACGAGGACCUGGAUGACGUGAGCUCCACCUCCUCCCUGUCUCAGGCCCUGGACCCUGACCAUGCCCACUUUAUUGAUGAGGAGGAGGAGCCCGAGCCGGCCCCAGUCCUGCCCCCUUCUCUGCCCCGCCACCCCACGGUGGUCCGCACCCCCUCCAUAGCUCCAGGGUUUGGGGCCAUUCAGUCCACUCCCUUCAGCAAGGUGCACCCUGGCCUAAGCAUGGGCCUUGGUCUCAGCCCGAUCAUUAGCCAAGCUUCAACCAAUAAGAUUAACCUGGGAGGUGCGGACAGCACUGCACUAGCCACUAAGACUGUAAAGCAUGGAGCACCGCCUUCUGAGAAGGCUGUCCCCUUACCUGCCCAACAGGCUGCUGCUAAGGCUGCUUUCCUCAGGCAGAUGGCAAAUCAGAAGCCAGCCAUCAGUGCCUCUCUGACAGAGUCCACCCUGAAAACCGUUCCCCAAGUGGUUAAUGUUCAGGAGCUCAAGGACAAAGGACCACACCCGCCUGUCUCCACGGUGAUCAGCUCCUCGGUCCCUGCCCCAGUCGGUCAGGUUGUCCAGCAGGUUUUGGCUACAGUGGCCAACACCAACCAGGCCAAACGAAAUUCUAAUCAAGGCAUGGCAAAGGUUUCCGUUGAGAGUACCCACUCGUCUUCCCCCCAGGGUUUCGUGUUUGGUGGACCACCUAAAGCUGACGCCCCAGUCGUGUCUGCUCCCUCCAGUUCCUCUUCCUCCCUGGGCGAGCAGAGCAGCAAGGCCUUCUCCUUCACGGCAGCUUCGGCUGGAAGCUUCAGUUUCUCCUCGGCCACCGAAGGAGCUGCACCAGUGAAGGACACAAGUAAAUUCUCUUUCGGCAGCACUGGCAGCAGUGGGAAGAUUUUUGACUCCUUUGCCCCCAAGACGAGCUCCUCUGCCUUGGGGGGCACUGGUUCCCCUACACCUGUUCCCAGCAUGUCAGGGGAGCCUGUCAGGCCCUCAAACCCCCCUACACUCAGACUGGAGCCCCAGGGUCUAAAGGUAGUAGGAGGAGAGACCCUGGGGAGUUUCUCAGGUCUGCGCGUGGGCCAGGGGGAUGAAGACAAGCCUUCAGCGGCUGCUUUUAGCUUCGGGCUGCAAGACAACGGCGCGGCCCAGUUUAGUUUCGGGUCAACCCUCCCGCAAGUGAAGCCGGCCGAGUCUGCGCUUGGCGAGGCAGAUUCUACCGUAACGGACUUAUCCAAGAUCGCGUUCAAGCCUCCGGUAACCAAGCCUGCCUUCUCCACGUCGGCAGCUACCUCCUUUAGCAGCCUCCUAGCAGCACCUCUCUCCUCCUCCCUCCCCCUGGAGAAAGAUCCUCCUAAAACCUCCACCCCCCUGUCAGACCCCACUGUACUCCCAGACCCUGGUCCCUCUCAGCCCGGUCCCUCCAUAAACCCUCCUGUCUCUGAGCCUGAGGUCUCCACCACCCCAGAGGCCUCGGUCACCCCCAUCCCGGAAAAAGCCCCAACGCCUCCAGCCCCUAUCCCCAGCCCAGCCACCACGGUCACCUCCGGCCCCACCGUCACCCCAGCCUCCGACACACUGGCAGACCCGUCAGCUCAUGGCCCAACCGGAGAGACCGUUGGGGUUGCGGAGAACACACCUGCCCCUGAGGCCCGACCACCCGCGGCCAACCUCAUCCCGGAUGCCCCGCCGCCGGCUUACCACGCCCCCGUCUCUGACAAACCUGCUUCCAUCGUUGCCCAGGCACCGGCUGUCACCACAGAUAGCACCACCGUAGCUGCGACCAGCCUAACCCUGGUGAUCAACACCACAGUCCUCGCCUCCACCACCCCCACGCCAUCUGACUCCAACGCCGCAGCCUCAGCUACGGGCUCCAUAUUCGGGACUGCCGGCGGCUUCGGUUCCACCAGCUUCGGCGCCCCCCCUAGUUCGGGCCCCGGGGUAAGCUUUGGCAAAUACGCGUUCGGACAGUCUGUGGGCGGGUUUGGUCAGCCAGCUGCGAACUCAGCCGGCGGCUUCAGUUUUGGCCAGUCUGCAUUUGGGUCCGCCUCAGGAUUUGGACAGGCCACAGCUGCCUUACCGGCCGCUACCGCCAGUACCGCCGCUGCUGGGGGUGGUCUGUUCGGAGCCCCCACUGCAAGCAAUGCCAGCAGCUUCUCCUUUGGCACCCCCAGUGCCAGUACAGCUAGCAGCACGGGCACAAGUCUGUUUGGGCAGCCGAGCGCUACCCCGGCCUUUGGUCAGCAGAGUGCCGGGUUUGGACAAGGAUCUGUGUUUGGAAGCAACACCACCACAACAUCAUCCACUGGCUUCAGUUUUGGACAGCCUGCAGCAUUUGGCAGCUCCUCCACUACACCUGUAUUUGGUCAACAGCCUGGUGGUGGGACUGUCUUUGGACAGCAGCAGCCAUCCAGUGGCGGGGGUCUGUUCGGGUCUGGCUCUGCCCCAGCGACGGGAGCCCAGCAGGCAGGAGGAGGUUUUUUCAGUGGCCUGGGUGGCAAACCCAGUGAGGACGCCGCCAACAAGAACCCCUUUGGUACUACCACCCCAACAGGGGGCUUCGGACAGCCCAACCAGACAGGAGGAACUACCCUGUUUGGAAGCAGUGGGGCGAAGACCUUUGGCUUUGGCUCCCCAGCAUCGGCAUUCGGAGGAGGGGAGCAGAAGCCCAGCGGGACAUUCAGCACAGGAGGAGGCAGUGUUGCUGCCCAGGGAUUUGGCUCCUUCUCCACCCCCGCCAAACAAACAGGUGGUUUUGGGAGCGCCCCUGUGUUCGGUAGUCCUCCUGCCUUUGGGGGUUCCCCGGCAUUUGGGGGUACAGCGGCAUUUGGCUCCGCCCCUUCUUUCAGCAGUCCCAUGGGCUCAGGCAGCAAAGUGUUUGGAGAGGGCACGGCAGCUGCCAACGUGGGUGGAUUUGGCUUCGCCUCUACUCAGCCAAACACACCAUCCUUUGGUGCUUUGGCCUCCCAGAAUGCCCCAUCGUUUGGUAGCCUGGCCCAGCAGCCGGGGCCUGGGUUCGGAGCUCCUCAACACAGCGGCUUCUCUGGGUUUGGACAGCAGGGAGGAGGAGGCUUUGGUUCUGCUGGUAGCUUUGGGUCUAAUCAACCAAGAUGGCCUGGACUACAAUAAAGAAUCUACACUUUGACAUUUUUGAGGAGGGAAAUCACUUGUUUUUGCCCACGAUAUGUUUAUUAUGUAGGCUUAAUACUUUUAUGUUUAUUCACAGGGAAGGGACUAAUAAAACCCCAAUAUGAUGUU